AUGGUUGAGCAGUUUGGGCAUAUUCUCUAUGAGUGCGGCGCGUACCAAGUGGAGGAGCUCGAGAAAGGGAAAUUGUAUCUUGCAAUUCAUAUGGAAGCCGCACGGAGAGAAAAAUGGUGUAGGGUAUCAUAUAAGGUGAAUGUUCUUGAAGGAGGUGAGGAAUUUGACUGCGAGUGCGGGCAAUUUGCACACAUGGGGCUCCUUUGCAGCCAUGUUCUGAAGGUGCUGGAUUUCAUCUGUAUUACGAAAAUACCACAGAAGCACAUUAUCAAACGGUGGACCAAGGACGCGCGUGACGUAUUACCACCUCACCUUACUCAAUAUCAAAGAGAUAAUGCACAUAAAAAUCCAUUCAGCUUCAGGCAUUUUAAUAUGUAUAUGCAUGCCAUGGAGUUGGUGCGGAUGGGUGAUGCAAGUGUCGAAGCAUAUGAGAAAUUCAUUGUUCUCAUUAAGAACUGCAUGGUGGAAAUGCAACCAUUUGCAGAAAUUAGGGAUGGCUGGGUUUGGAGGACAGGGUAG